AUGACGGUGAAAGAAGUAAACGGCAACUCAGGCUCAGGCCUGCGUAUCUUGAUUGUUGGUGCGGGGAUCGGAGGUCUCACUGCAGCGAUUGCGCUGAGACAGCAAGGACACCAUGUAGAGUUAUUCGAACGUUCGCGCUUGGCUAAUGAGGUCGGCGCCGCGAUCCAUCUCUCGCCAAAUGCUAAUGGUGUCUUGCUCCGACUUGGAGUUGAUGCGACUAAGUUUGGUGCUGUCGAGACUGAGCUGUUGCGAGAAUAUACUCCAGAUGGAAAACCAGUCCACGUUGCACCCAUCAAGGAACACGCUAGCUUAUGGAGACAUCGCUGGCUGCUUGUGCACCGUGCUCAUUUCCACGAAGGACUCAAAGACGCAGCCCAAGGACCAGGUAAAGGCCGCCCAGCCAUUCUUCACAAAGCAAGCAAGGUCGUGGAUGUCGAUCCCCACAAAUCCACCGUCACUCUUGAGAAUGGCGAAGUUAUCAAAGGAGACGUGCUCAUCGGUGCAGACGGGGUACACUCUCUGACUCGAACCAAGCUAUCCAACAAAGCCCCAUACAGCUCAGGAAAGAACGCCUUCCGCUUCCUCAUCACACGUCAACAAGCCCUAGAUGAUCCCGAGACAAACAGUAUCGCGCGAGACUUUGGAGCCGUCGAUAUGUGGGACUCGUCUGACCGGCGAGUAGUGAUCUACCCUUGCUCGAACAAUGAACUCCUCAACUUCGUCUGUAUUCAUCCAGACUCGUUGACGGCCAUCGAUGCUCAGGGCGACUCUUAUAAUCAGCAGAUUGGUAAAGACACUCUGCUAGAAGUGUUUAAGGAUUUCAAUCCCCAGGUUCGAAAGUUGUUGGAGAAGGCAGACCCACAGACACUUAAGCUUUGGCCGUUGUUGGAUAUGGACGAAUUGCCAUCUUGGGUAGAGGAUCGCAUGGCGGUUCUGGGUGAUGCCGUUCAUCCAUUCCUACCAUACCGUGCUUCUGGUGGUGCGAUGGCGAUUGAAGAUGGAGUCUCCCUAGGAGUCAUGCUGUCUUCGGGUAUUACACCUGAUCAGGUUCCUGAGCGGUUGAAGCUAUAUGAAAAGGCGCGUCAUGCACGCGCAACAACCAUUCAACAGAUGACCCGAGACUCGGCAACAUUGAUUCCACAGGAGCGAGCUCAGGCCAUGAUUGGAUAUAUCUACGGUUACGACGAGUUCGAUCACUCAACACAACUCCUCCGCAAGCAUCAGUGGUCUCAAAAUCCCCACAUGUACUGGCGACAGCCAAUUGUGUUUGGCCCAAUGCCUGGCCCUCGACAGGAUCACUAUGGAAAUGACCGCGCACUAAAGUCCCUCGAAUCAACAUUUACAACCGCCUCGAUCAAAUUCAAAACCAGCCGGACUCUCCUUGAGAAUCUCUUGCCCUCAGACCGCUAUAGCUUUAUUUCUCCUGCAAGUGUUGCGCGUGCCAGUUUCUCCCAGACAACUCUCAACGGAAUGGACUGGCUAGGCGGUGGCGGCUACCGACACAUCGGAUUAUACAUCCACGGCGUGCAGUAUAAAAAGGAGAAUGGUGAAGUGCUAAAGGGCACAUACAUGCCGAUCUUAUUUGAGAGUUUGGCGGAUCCGAUCGUUUCAGGACGCGAAGAGCUUGGAAUGCCAAAAUUAUACACUGCGAUUGAUUUGCAUGAACGCAAUAAUUCCUUCCGAUUGCAAACAAGCUGGCAAGGAGCCGUGUGGGGUCACUUUGAGCUUGAAGAUCUGGAGGAUCAAGAUCCUGCCGCUGACAAAGGAACGAUCGGUGGAGAAGAUGACGAUGGCAUCCUCGUAUACCGGUACAUGCCUAAGGUUGGAAAGAAAUUCAAGGGCGAAGCAGAGUCAGAAUAUCCAAUCUUUGUACCUCAUGCGAACGAGUCCAAAGUGGUACCGUCUAAAGUGACGCGUCUGCGACGAACUAAAAAUGCCAAAGUGGAGAUCAACGGUCUAGGCUGGGACGCGCUACCUACAUUACACCAUGUGGUGUCGCGGCUGGCGGAGAUCCCGAUUGAUGAGGUGAUCGAUGCGAAAAUCACUGAGGGAAGAGGGGUACCGGAUGUUUCAAGCGCUAUGAGAAUUGAGUAG